CAGGUAGCUGCUUAAAAUUCGGUUUACAAAGAAAAUUCCUCCAUAAAGUUCAGUGGUAUGUUCGAGAUGACAUCGCCGGUGCUACUGUUGCUAGCUGUUUUCGCCGUAUUCUCGUCGGCGCAAAAAGACUUUUAUGAUGAUUUUUACGAUCGGAAUUAUCCGGAAGACGAGUACGGUUACUACCCGCCGCCGUAUUGGAGGCAAUCCGGGUUGUAUUAUCCCUAUCAGCGCUAUCCAAGCGGAGAUUGCGAUCGUCACCAAUCCCUUUACCCGGUCAAUAAUUAUCUGUACCAUCAAUACAACGUUCACGAGCCCAACGCCGAACUCGCCAUUUACUCCAAAAAGUACCUGGAAUACCUCCAGAAACAUCCCCGUUUCGAGGGUGGCGUGAGGUACGUGUUGGGAUUGAACGGGGAGCAAAUCUUCGGCGACGACUGGAACGACUGGGAGGAUAUCUACUCAUCGGAUUACUUGGAGAGAUUGGAACGUUUGUACGGGAAGAAAUUCUACAAGAGCCUGAAAUUCGGGAGUUACCCCCAAAGUGGUUUGUUUGGAGUCGGUAGUGGACUAAUGGGGGGAGGUCUAUUCGCCAACGGUUUGUUUAGAAAUGGCCUAUUCGGGAAUGGUAUUAUUGGAAAUGGUCUAUUUGGGAAUGGCUUAAUUGGUAACGGUCUAAUUGGAAAUGGUGCCUACGGAGAUUACCAUAGACACGGAAGACACGGAAGACACGGAAGACACGGAUUGUGGGGGAGAUUUCACGGGCCUAUACCUCUAAAUCCACUCUUUGGAGGUGCUGGCAGUCACUUUGGUAACAUCAUCGGCCGUUUACAAAAUUUCCGGUUACCCCUCUUCCAAUAUUCCUACGCAGGUUAUCCUUAUUAUCAAAAUUACGGUUACAAUUAUAGACCGAUUUUCCCAUUCUUAUUCGGCAGACCCGGCCAAUCUAAUCAUCACAUUUUGGGCCACAUUUUCGGCAACCGGUUUGAAAGCGACGAAACGAACAAGGAGAGCACAGGUCCCAUGACCUUCGAUAGGCGAUUUGAAGCUGUAGACGAAAAAGAAACAGAAAAAGAAGCAGAAAAAGAAAAGCAUGAGGAAAAGGAAAAGGAGAAAGAAGUUGAGAAGAUUGAAGAGGCUGUUGCAGUAGCUGAAGCAAUUACGCACGAUGCUCCUUUACCGCCCAUUGCAGAUGUCAAAUCUACGCUCGAAAACCGUGAAGAAAUUAUCGAGACAAAUAUAGUGAAACAGAAUGCUCGCACUCGCAAGAUACCCGCAAAUCAAAACCACCAAGCUAACCAUGACAAAGUGAACCAAGCUAACCUCACAAAAAACCGUAAGGUAGUACUUCACAGAAAUCAAAAGAAUCAAUUGCAAGGUCACGGAAAACAACAAGGCCAUACGCAAGGCCAUGGUAAACCACAAGGCCAUACGCAAGGUCAUGGUAAACAACAAGGCCAUACGCAAGUUCAUGGUAAACAACAAGGCCAUAUGCAAGGUAGUGGAAAACAACAAGGCCAUACGCAAGGUCAUGGUAAACAACAAGGCCAUACGCAAGGUCAUGGUAAACAACAAAUCCACAUGCAAAGUCAUGGUAAACAACAAAUCCACAUGCAAGGUCAUGGCAAUCAACAUAUGCAAGGCCAUGGUAACCAAAAAAUCCACUUGGAAGGUCACGGCAAUGGACAUUUGCAAGGCCAUGGUAACCAAAAAAUCCACUUGGAAGGUCACGGCAAUGGACAUAUGCAAGGCCAUGGUAACCAAAAAAUCCACUUAGAAGGUCACGGCAAUGGACGUAUGCAAGGCAAUGGUAACCAAAAAAUCCACUUGGAAGGUCAUGGCAACGGACAUAUGCAAGGCCAUGGUUCCCAACAAAUACACUUGCAAGGGCAUGGACAAGGCAAUCAAAAAAUCCUCAUAGAAGGCCUUGGCAAUCAACAGAACCAAAUGGGUAAUGGCCAACAACAAAUCAUCAUUCAGGGACAAGGGAACGGUGGAGGCUACCUUCAAGGGCAAGGGUUCGAAUUGAACGGUCAAAUGGUCGGCCAAGGCGGUGGUGGCGGUGAGUGGAAAGCGGGCUGGCAAGGCGGCCAGACCAAAGGGAUCAUCACCAAAACCGUGGCUACCGAAAUCGAUCCGAAAUCUCUGACGUUUACCAUCAACAUUCCCAGCGUGCCGACUCCAACCAUUUCUAAAACCAUCGAAGUCGUCGAGACCGGGAAGGACGGAUUGAGAACCAUUUUACCCGAGACUAGCGUCGUGAUGCAAGGUGGUGGUGGUAAUGGAGGAUUCGUCACGGGAGGCACAGUAAUUGGCGAAAAUGGUCUGAUUGGAGGAGGAGGAUCUGGAACUGUUUUCACUAACGGUGUUAUUAACGGUGCAACAGGCUUUACUGGAACUGGCUUUACCGGGACUGGUUUUACUAAUGGUGUUAUUAACGGAGGAAACAACAUGAUGGGAGGACAAUCUGGUAGUUACUCUUACGAAAUUUCCAGUCCUACGUACACAUGGGAAUACACUUCUGGAACUCAAGGAGAGUCUAAAGUAAUAGAGAAUGGUAAAGAAAUAGUUUUGGAAAAUGGGAAAGUGCCAUUCUUGAGCAACCUGGCGAGUCGAUUCGGUGAAGGUGAUGGAAACAUUACGGAAAAUAUUAAAAUAAUUAGUGAUGUUGCUCAAGAAACGAAAGAAACUAAAAAAACGAAAGAAUCGCAUACCAAGAAUGAUUCUUCAAAAGAAAAAGCUACAGAAAAUGAAGAUAAAUCCGACGAAAAAAAGCACAAGGAAACCGAUGAAAAAACCUCGACCAAACGUUGA